CCAAGUGGUAAUGAUACAAUCGAUAAGAUAAUUCGACGCACGCAGACUAACGAAAGCAUUCUUGACUUUUAUUGGGAAUGGAUACCAAAAGACUUGACAAAUAUUCAAUAUCUUGAAGACGGAGCGAUUUCAUCAAUAUAUAAAGCAACAUGGCUUAAAGGAUAUCCCCGUAGGCAUAAUGGGUUAAGACCUCAAAGGGGAUCUGCUAUGGUUGCACUUAAAACGCUUGGCUCUUUUGAUGAAGCAACGAGUAUUAUAGAUGAGUUUAAUAAUAAAAUUCUUUCAAAUGAGAAAGAUUUUGAAACGCGUUCGGAAAUUUAUGUGGUAACUUUUCUCGUACAGACAAAUCAAAUUGCUACAGUAAUGGAUUUCUAUGAAGGUGGAAGCUUGCGAAAUCUUCUUCAAAAGCAAGAAUUCUCCAGUAUAGAAUGUAUAGACACCAUAUUUAAUAUUGCUUUAUGUCUUGGAUAUAGGCACUCUCUUGAAAUUUUUCAUUGUAAUUUACAUACCAACAAUAUUCUGCUUACAAGAUACAAUAAUCAUUAUAAUCCUAAAAUUUGCAACAAUUGGAACAUUGUAAUUUCUGACUUUGGUUUAAGCAAUGUGUUUAAUUAUUUAGCAGCUACUCAAGGAGGAAGUUAUGGUUCUAUACCAUAUAUUGCACCAGAAAUCUUUAAGGGCUAUCCGCACUCUAGAGCGACUGAUAUAUAUGCUCUGGGAAUGAUCAU